CAUUGGUUCUUGGCUCUCUCUAUUCUGUCUCUGGUUACAACUAAGGCUGCAGGCUGCCUUUGUGUGUGAACAAGGAAUAGAAUCCCAGGGGACACCAGCAGCCGCACAGGGGAUGAGACAUAGAAAUAUGAGUGGCUUCUUGCCUGGGAGUGAAGACAUUUUUCAGCAGCCAAGACAAGAGCGACAGCAGACACCCUGAACAUCGAACGGAAGGAGCCGGCUGGAGGCUUGAUGUACGUGCUGUGAAACAAAGACAAGAGCUGCUUGGCCACAAGGGAGGCUGCAAUUCAUGGUUUCGGGUAACAGAGUCCCUGCUUAGGGCAUUCAGACUGGGAGGUAAGUGACGGGUGAUCUUGAGUGCAGGGUGCUGAAGUCUGCUUUGGACAAUGCUGUAGAAGCAGUAUCAGACAGAGCGUUGCAGGGAGGCAGCCUUCUAACUGAGCCCACCAGACUGAAAGGUUUCACGGCAGGGUAUGGUGACCAUGUUUCACAAUCCAGCCCAUCUGCAAGGCACUUAAUUUUGGAGGUCAUCUGGCCUCUCAAACCGGUCAGAAUUCCAUGCAUCAGGGUUGACUUACCUGUUCUUGCAAGCAGUCAGGCAGUACUGUCCACCAUGCUUGGAUUGGGUACUAUUCCAAUGAAUUUCUGAUUCUGCAGGAAGGUCUCCACUUCCUCCCAACAGUUCUCUCGGCUUUCGGUGCACAAAGACUAUCCCUAUUAAGAAAAUGUUGAAGGGACUGUGAGAGGGAGGAUGGCUGCUGGAAGAUUACUGCUCUACGCUGGCCUCUCUCUUGCUUUGUGUGCCCUGGGCAUGCUAGCCGUGGCCAUCUGCUCCGACCACUGGUAUGAAACAGAUGCCAGGAGGCACAGAGAAAGGUGCAAAGGCUUCACGAACAGAAGAAUUGAUCCUGGAUUCAUCUAUAACUCCAACAAUAACUUGCCUCUGAGAGCUAGCAGGUCCAAGCUAGACCGCUGGGAGGGCAAACUACUUCUUGCAAGGAACCGUAGGCAGCUUUUUGCCCUGAGUAUGGCAGAUGAGUGCAAUAGGCAAUAUAAUUCCACCAAUAUGGGCCUCUGGAGGAAAUGUCAUCGGCUGGGAUUUGAUCAAGAUAUUGAAGAUAUCAUUGCCAAAGGGGAGAUCGAGCGAUGUUCGUACAUCAAGUAUCAUUACUCCUCAGCCACGAUCCCCAAAAACCUCACGUACAACAUCACCAAGACCAUCCGGCAAGAUGAAUGGCACGCUCUGCAUCUGCGUCGGAUGACUGCUGGGUUUAUGGGAAUGGCAGUAGCCAUCAUUCUCUUCGGAUGGAUAAUCGGGGUGCUGGGGUGCUGCUGGGACAGAGGGCUCAUGCAGUAUGUAGCUGGUCUUCUCUUCUUGAUGGGAGGUACCUUCUGUAUCAUCUCACUGUGCACUUGUGUGGCGGGAAUUAACUUUGAGUUGUCUCGUUACCCCCGAUUCCUGUACAGUCUCCCCGACGACAUCAGUCACGGCUACGGCUGGUCCAUGUUCUGUGCCUGGGGGGGCCUGGGCCUGACUUUAAUCUCAGGAUUCUUCUGCACUUUGGCUCCUUCCGUCCAACCCGUCCUGAGGAGCAACUGCCCCAAAUCCAGACCUGAGAAUGGAACGGUGUGUUAGUUACUGACCCCCCCUGGAGAUGAACCUUAUUGUCCAGUAAAUGACACAGGGGGGCGUAAACCCCCCCCAUCACUCAUCUCAUUCAUUCCAAUGUGGCCUCAUACGGAGUUACACAGGGGAGAGACCCCCCACCUACAGACUCUACUCACUGUAUAUUAAUUACUCACUGCUCAGUGUUUCUUUUAUAUAUUCCGUUGCUUUGUCUCCUGAGAGACCGGAACUUUCUCCCCCCACCCCCCCUCAUUCCCCCAACUCUGCCCCCAACCGGCCAACAUACUUGAAAUCCAUUUCUCCCCAACUGAUGAACUGGAACGAUUGGGACUCCCUGGAGCUUUCGUGUAACGCUCAUAACGGCCUCCGUUACACAUGCUCAGUCCAACCUUCUACUCAGAGCUGUCCAUAGUGUAAAGGCCAAACAGGCUUUGUAGGGACCCAUUGGUACUAUUACUACUGAUACAGCUAGGCCUUACAUGCAACAACCCAACCACCACUACAUCCUAAGAGUUGUACAUUACUAUCCCAUCUCUCCCUACUAUACCUGCUAUCCCACAGUCACACUCCCUUCCCAGAGACUAUUAUCCCACUGUUACUAUAGGCACCAUCUCUCCCUACUAUA